AUGGAUAAAAUUGGGAAACUUAUUUUGGUGUUUUCCUUCGCACUCACGCUGGCACUCGUGAUGGGCCGCAAGGACGAGGACUCACUGAAGGACCUCUUUGCUGGUGCGAACGUAUGGGCACCACUAAUGAAGUGGAACCGCGUGCCCGCGUACGACGCCGGUGCAAAUUUUCCCAACCAACCCAGCGAGUACGAUGACUACGAGCAACCGGAUGUGACCGGAAGCGUCGAUGGGCCGUCAGCGAUCGUGAAACGCUCCCAAGCCCGCCAACCGAUCUGCGAGGUCCUGCUGAACAUGGUGUACGUGGGUAACGGCACCGAUGGGUACGAAUACCGGCCAAAUCACUACGUCACCGAGUCCUGCCUCGGUUCGUACAACAGCUACCAGAACAAGUGCACCGAGACGGGCCUAUCCUGCACACAGAUACGUCAAAAGAUCUACAUCACGCGCCGCAAGGUGCCCGGAACGGAUAACAAACCCACCAACUGCUGGGAACACGUCGCACUCAAGGAGAUCGAUGCCGGGUGUGAGUGUAUGUGGCCAAAGGAGCAGAUCGGUGACAAGCACUCCUACCGGUUGGGCAAAUAACGGCACGGCAGCGGACAAUUCUGGCGAAUGACGACGAGAAUGCUACAACCACGUACAGUUUGGGGAUUGCCACCGACCGCCCACCUUACCUAACCGUGCCGCGGCGUCCUGCCUCGCCUUCCCCCUCCCCCUCUCGCCCUCCUUCCACGAGCACUGAUUAAUGUGUAAAAUGAGCCCUUUUACGUGUUUAUCGCCCGUGCGACGAGCUGUUUGUACUGUACAUACCUCCUGCAAUUCCAUGGCAUGCCCGCGCUUCGCUGCUACGCGCCUUCCCUUCUACCACUGGCUAAAGGGCCGAGAACUUCGCUUCCGGAAGGACACGGAUAAAAUGCGUUGCCGGGCCUGGCCCGGCGACACAUGCGGAGUGUGGUAGUGCGCCUCUGCUGCGCCUUAGCGUUAUGACCUGCAAUUAUCGUACCUAUUUAUUGUAAGAGCCCAAAUCAAGAAUCUAAAUAAACCGCAUCAUAUGCAUGCAGCGCCGUGAUAGUCUAUCGAUUACCAAA